GCCACACUUCCGGCGCUCUGAUCAAAUGUUUCCGGUGUCGGUCGGUUUCCAGACUGAGAAGGGCGAGUAGAGAGAACAUCACGUCUGUCUUUUUAGCAGACCCAGGCCGUGAUGUCUUCAGCGCUGCGCCUACUGUACUCAAUUUCCAGGCCAGGGAAUUUCUCUGCCUGCUCCACUGUAGUGCGUCCGUUCAGCGUUAGCGUCCCAAAAGGGGGAUACAAGUAUGUGAAUGCCCAGGAGCUGCCCACAGAUAUGAAGUCUAUCACUGACCGGGCUGCGCAGACCCUACUGUGGACUGAACUCUUCAGGGGUUUGGGGAUGACUAUGAGUUACCUGUUCAGGGAGCCAGCCACCAUCAACUAUCCAUUUGAGAAGGGUCCCCUCUCCCCACGUUUCCGCGGGGAACAUGCUCUGCGCAGGUACCCAUCUGGGGAGGAGCGCUGCAUUGCCUGUAAGCUCUGUGAGGCCAUCUGUCCUGCCCAGGCUAUCACCAUUGAGGCAGAGUCCCGUGCCGACGGCAGUCGGCGGACCACCCGUUAUGACAUCGACAUGACCAAGUGCAUUUACUGCGGCUUCUGCCAGGAGGCCUGUCCUGUUGAUGCCAUCGUGGAGGGCCCCAACUUCGAGUUCUCCACAGAAACCCAUGAGGAGCUGCUGUACAACAAGGAAAAGCUUCUCAACAAUGGAGACAAGUGGGAGGCGGAGAUCGCGGCUAACAUACAGGCUGACUACCUGUACAGAUAAAGCGCCUGCUUCACCCACCAGAGGCAACCGAGACUCUGUGGACAAACUGGGCAGUCUGCUUGCUGAUGGUGGUUGCACUUCCACAGAUGCAUCAGCCCAUGCCUUCACACUGGCCAACAGAUAGCACGGAGUUGCAGACCAACCCAUUAAAAAUCAAUAAAUUCUUAAACUGUUUUAUAUCUUGAGUAUGGAGACAUACAUUAUAUACAGAUUAUUUGAUGGCUGAGCCUGGCAGGCUAAUACUGCAGUGUUCUUAUCUUUGUGUUGUACAGUUGUAAUAGUGUCUGUGAUGUCAUAACACCUGUAGCCAUCAAUGCGUCUCACCAGUGCUCUGGAAACGCAGCAUUCGGAGACAUCUACAGAGAUUAAUUGUGAAGGUUCAUGGAAUUGCUGAAGAAGGAAUUAAAGUUUUGUGUUCCACAGUGUGA